AGCGUUGAUAGUGAAAAAACGAGUUGUUGCUGAUCGGCCGCGCCGGCUGCGUACGUUAGAAGAGAACCCCACUGUAAACGGAAGAAAAACCAGUUAUCGGAUUUUCUUUUCUAUCUUUAAUUGAUUCCUGCGAUAAUAGAAUCAGAGUGCGCAAGUUAGCAAAACUAUGGCGGGAAUGCUAGCCGUAGUGGAGGUGGCCCGAAGGAGAAGGAUCCACCAUCACCAGAUCGACAACACGCGCGAGCCGUCUUUUCUGCGUUCGCAUAUCGCACCGUCGACGGAGACGGCCAUGGACGAUACUGCCCUCAAAGCCCGUACAAGGCUCGAAGAAAAGCUCCAAGGCGUUGGUUACAGAUGGAGUAAAAACCAGCCUAGCAGAGAUGGAGAGUCGGACCAUGCAGCCGGUACAAGCAAAGCUGGUGUGGGCGUGGUGAGAAUGGAAAUGGCGAUUCAUGUGGACAGAAGGAAUUCAGAGAAAGUGGUGUGUGCUGUUUGCCUGGAUGAGAUCCGGGCCAAACAGAUGGUGAUAAACCUACCAUGUUCCCACACCUACCACUCUUAUUGCCUUCUCCCAUGGCUCAAUGUUCAUUCACAUUGCCCUUAUUGUAGGACCCAUAUUCAAUCUUAAUUUCUACGCAAUGUGUUGGUACUUUUUUCUUUUGAUGGGUUGAUUUUAUUAGUCUACCGUCGUGGUUUCAUA